AUGCAACAAGAAACCGAAAGUUGUGUUUUGGACGAAGAUCCAUUGGUGGUAAACAAUGAAAAAAGCGAAAACAAAUCGUCCCACGUGAGAGCUAUUUACCCAAGCAAGGAUCUAAAUAGAUAUAUAGUGGACAAGUUCCAUCAACCUACAGCCAAAUCAAAGGCCGCUCCUUUUGAAGCCAUCGAUCUUUCUAUCUAUAAACCUUCAGCUAGAUGCCUUGCUUUCUCGACAUCUGAAGAUCGCCUGUUAUUAUGGAUUGUAGCUUUCCAAUUUCGCUAUUAUGAAAUAACCGGAAAUGGAACCGAUUAUACUGUGAUAUGGGAAGAGCAAGACAACCCAAGCUCAACCUCGAAGUGCGAUAAAAUCUGUAUUCAUCUUUCAAUGAAUACAUCCACUGGCGAAGAAAAAUUGGUAACCAUUACAGUUUUUGGUACAACUGGGAGGAUCCUCGUGCAAGGGAAAAAAUAUGAUGAAUGGAGCAAAUUCGAAUUUCCGGUGAUUCUGAAAAUUGUCAACACUCUCAGCGAUCUUCAACCUCUCUCUUCACUCUCUUCAGUUGGAGAUGUUUCUCUCUUUGGAGCCUCGCUUCAAAACUUUUUUCCGAAUUUCAUAACAUUUGUCAGAGAUGAUGACAUCCCAUCAUCAAAUAAUUUGGACGCCGAACUUCCCUCAACAACCAAACCGGAAGCUUUAUCGCCAACUGAAACACUAACAAUCUCGCCAACCCGUUUAAAGACAAUCUCAUCCAUGCGAGACACACUCGGGCAGCUAGAGGCAGAUUUUACAGAAUUUCAUAUGACCACUACCGGGGAUUUGGAACAGCUAAAAGACAAAACCGUUAAACAAGAUCACUUAAUUAAGCUACAAAAACAAUCAUCUGACGAUCUACUCAAUGAUUUUUCCUCGCAGAUUACAUCACUCCAAAAAAUAGUCUCUCAACAAUCAAGCAUCAUUAAAAAAUUGCAAAGUGAAAACCAGAUCCUCCACAAGAAACACGUACAAAUUGACAAAGCAAAUCAGGCCCUGCAAGAAUCACAAAAUAAUCUGAUGACAGAAAUUCAUUUCCUUAAAGAACAAAUGACAGCGCUUUGGCAAAACUCGAAGGAACCUGACCCCCCCAGCCCUUCCUCACAACCCGAGUCUUCUUGCUCCGAAAACACCACUGACAGCGAACAAAAAAACACGGACUAUGAGGCAUCUCGACUACCCAUCACAGCUCAAAAGCUUACAGUAAAUAUUCCCACGAAAAACAGGUUUUCGCUGCUCCAGAAUUGUGACACAUCUGACAGCUUAUCCAACACACAGCAAGAAAUUGACCCGGAGACAAACACAGAAAAUAUGACUCCACCUACUCCACAAGACAUUACGCCACCUCCAAUCCAAGCAUCUGUAAACAAUAAAGCCGUUUUUCUGUGCGAUUCGAAUGGAAAAUUUAUCGACAAAAGAAAGCUUUUUCAGCCAACACAAGAUUUCACAUUCUUUAGAUGUCCCAAAAUUGAACACGCAAGGGCUAUUUUACAAGAUGAAAUUGGUAAAGAAUCGGCUGGACAUCCUCAAUUAAUCAUAAUCCACACCGGAACAAAUGAUCUUACUACAACCACGCCAAUAGACGACUUCAUCUCUGAUAUAUCUGUAUUAAUCACUCAAGCAUCUACAAAGUUCCCAAAGAGCAAAAUCGUCUAUUCAACUCUCUUGCCGCGAACUGACAUUCCCCUGCAUACUCUAUCCAAAAUAAACACAAACCUUAUUGACCGCUGCUCAAAACUACCAAACGUCCAUCUAGUCAAUCAUGAAAAUAUCUACUCCAAGGGAACUGAACUGUUGCAUGACAGAAAACAUCUUAAAAAAAGACACCUUGGUUUGUUCGCAGCAAACUUAAAAGCAACCAUUCGUGGUAGAGGAAAACCACCUCGCGCCAACUCCAGCCAAUUGUACCGAUCCUCACUCUCUUCGUCGCACACGUUUCACACUAGCCCUUCGGAAGGCUACCCUCCCUCCAGCAAUGGUGUUAGGAACAUACACAGCCAAGUCCACCAAACUUCACGGCAGCAACAACCUUUACCUUCCCGUUUCCCAUAUACAACUUCCUCGGGUGAUGCCUCUUAUAGUAAUGCUGUUAAAAACGGUCACAACACCUACAACAUUCCGCGAGCACCGCAACAGCAACAGAACUUUCCGCUGCAACACUACAAU